UAGUUUCAUUCAAACCAUCGUAGCUUGUACACAUUUUACGUGAUUCAAUUGUGUAUUUUUUUUUUAUUAAAUAUUUGUGUCUUUCACUGUGAUUGAUAUGUUAUGAAAUUGAGAAGUGUAUCGAGGGUUGGCCUCAAGUGAUUUUCUUGCCUAACCAUUACAUGCACUAGUGCACUAAAUCGUAAAUUGACUUGGGGAAAUGUAUAUAAUUCCCGGAUAUAUUUAACAAACUGGGAGCAAAAGUUAAUUGAAAAUAGUGGUGACUGCAUAGAAAAUACUCAAUUAUUGGUAAUUCAAUACUCAUAAUUUAUUAAACAUUCUCUUUUGGUUUUUGUCUCGUGAUUAUGUGUGACAUUGUGUGUGAAUGCAAAAAAAUAUAAAUAAAGAAAAGUGUUUGUAGAGAUCUUGUGAAGAUGCAAAGAAAAUGAAAAAAAGAGCAGAAUUAAUCAAGAUAUUGAGGCAAUGCUACAAUUAUCCAUUGUAAAUGGAAAGAGUGUCACAAUUGAUCAUCGGCAACUUGUCUAGUCGAAGCUUAAAGAGUGUUCAACUUUGAGUGUUUUUUUUUCUUCUUAUGUUACUCCAAAAAGCACGAGUUAGUGGAAGAUAGUAGAGAAGCAAAAUAAAUUUUGUUAUUUGUGCGUCGUCUGGUGAUGUCUUCGGUAUCGAGUACAUUGCAGAAUAAUAUGAGUGGAGGGAAUAAAAUGCAAUUGAGUAAAUGCUAAUUGAAUUGCAGAAAUUAUUUGAAGAUCUUCAAUAACAAAAGUGUAAAGAUGCGAAGAAGUACACGGAAUGCAUUUAGUUUUCCGGACUUUUCGCUCAGGAGACUUCUCCUGCAGGGAGCCCGGGCAGCCCGUGGGAGUCCACCAUUGGGACAGCGUUUGUGUGAUGUGGAGAAGGGAUCGUCGAAGCACGAGAAGAGCCAUGCAAGUGCCAGCGGAAGUGGAAAUAGCAAGAGUCAUGGUGAUAUAUCAUCGUCAAAUGUGAAUGCAAGUAUAACACCACCACCGCCAAAAUGCACUAGUUUAUCAUCUUCCGAACAACGAGACUCAGACGGAGGUGGGGCAAUGGCUAAAAUGGGGGCUACGUCUGAGGAAUGUCUUCUAUGCUACAACCAUACAUCGCGUGAUGAUUUCUAUUCACUUCUCACAUGCAACCACACCACGUGCCGUGGUUGCCUCGAGAAUUAUCUGAUAAUUGAGAUUACAGAAUCCCGAACUGAUAUAGCCUGCCCUCUUUGCCUGGAGGCCAUGCAUCCGAGUGAUAUCCAGAAGUUACUGCAGAAUCACCCGUCCAUCAUGAGCAAGUAUGAAGAUUUUAUGGUGCGACGCGUCCUACUGGCUGAUCCGGAUUCACGUUGGUGUCCGGCACCGGAUUGUGGCUUUGCUGUAAUUGCCACAGGAUGUGCAUCGUGUCCACGCAUAAAGUGUGAACGUCCUGGCUGUGAUGUGAAUUUUUGCUAUCAUUGCAAAGCCGAAUGGCAUCCGGAUCAGACAUGCGAUGCUGCAAGGGCGUCUCGACAUAGUCCUACAAGAGCGCCAUCGGGGAGCAUUAGUCAAGACUCACAGCAUCGCGACGACAUUAAACCGUGUCCACGGUGUCAGGUGCUAAUUGUGAAGAUGGAUGAUGGUUCAUGCAAUCACAUGGUUUGUGCCGUAUGUGGUUCUGAAUUUUGCUGGUUGUGCAUGAAAUUAAUUACUGAUCUACACUAUUUAAGUCCAUCCGGUUGCACAUUCUGGGGUAAGAAACCAUGGUCACGCAAAAAGAAACUCCUAUGGCAAUUGGGAACUCUAGUCGGAGCACCAGUUGGUAUUGCACUUGUAGCUGGAAUUGCGGUACCAGCCAUGAUAAUAGGAAUUCCUGUCUGGGUGGGACGCAAAAUUCAUACACGCUACAAAGUUGCCGGGAAGCACAAGAGGAAUUGUGCUGUACUGGGAGCCGUUGCUGCAUCCGUCCUCGUGGCACCGGUUCUGGCCGGCUUAGCUGUAGCCAUUGGUGUUCCAAUUCUACUCUUCUAUGUAUAUGGCGUGGUGCCUGUGUCUCUCUGUCGGGCCGGUUGUGGAGUAUCUACCACAAAAGAUGGCUUCAAGUUUGACUUUGAGGAAGAGUAUAGUGCAGCAAGAAAUCCUGAUGCAGCAAGUGUUGAUGCUGUAUCGAGGAUUGGAGCCACGAGUAUUGGAGAAGUGAGUCUGAGUGUGGCCAGUGGAAGUCACUUGGGCGUUUCUGGUCAAAAUCCAAGUAUUGGUGUUGUGAGUUCAUCAACGCGAGAAUCCACAACAGCCCUUGCAGGCAGUAUUACUGGGCAUCGCUUGGAAGUGCAGGCGGACGUGAGUACAUCGGAAACGGCCUCAGCGGUAACGUGUGUAAGUGAAAAAUCCGGUAAUACUCUCAACGAUACAGCGUCCACUCGAGCCCUAGCUGGAUCAAUUCUCAGCUCACGUCAGCACAUUGAUUCGGCCAAUGUGAGUGAAGAUGGCAUUUCUGAACGAGUGCGAUUCGAUAGCACUGUUUGCUACGUGAUUGAUGGCAAGAAGGAGACGGACGCUUGGUACACGGUACCACUUGAUCAGGAUUUGGGAGCCGAUAAGUUGAGUGUAGAUAGUGGACGAUCAAUGAGAAGUUCUGAACGAUCAUUCCGGGAUGAGUUGGAUUCAUCGAGUUUGUCAUCGGGUCACAAGAGGAUGACAUUCUCACAGAGAAAACUGACAAAUUCCCAGAAUAGGAAUUUGUCUGUGGAUAGUAACACAGGUUCCAACAAUUACAUCCCGGAGAAUGUGAGUCUGGAGGUUGAGGAAGAGGAAGAGGGGAGCAAUGAAGCGACAAUAUCCGUGACAUUUGAACACGAUAUUGAUAAGGGGGCGGCAUCGUCUUCCAAGGGAAAAAGCACAGAGGCAGGGAGUAGUGCACCAAAAACUGACAAAUCAAAUGUUAAGCGGUCAGCAACGAAAACGGCUAUUUUGCGCAAUUUAUUCUUUUUCCAGAAUGAGAAUGGUGGCCCAAAAUCAUAGGAAAAUUCUUUUUUAUUUUUCUUAUCUAAACUCUUUAUAGAUGACAUUUUGAGAUUGUAAGUAUCUCAUGAUGCUCUAUGUAUUUCUUUUUAUUUCUCUAUUUAAGUUUUAUUCAUGCCCAUACGUUGACAGAUUUUAAUUUUGGAAUAAGAUAAAGAAUACGCACAUAUAAUCGUAUGCGUGUGUGUGGCUGAAUGUUUCAUAUUCCAAUUUAAAUUUUUCAUAUUUUUGAGAAUAAUUUCUCUCAAAGAAUUUUUAAAUGCGAUAAAAAUUCUCAGAAAUAUUUCCAUAAAUUCUUCCGGGAAGCAAGUGGUUUAAUACAGAAAUAACCUUUCUUUCAAGACAAGUUUUCCAAUUGUGGAAAAAUCAAAUUUUGAAAUAUUCAUAAUUUUUCUUUUAUGUUGAAAUAAAUUGGAUUUUACUGAA